CCCCUGAAGCCCUGGAUCUCGGGAUCUCAGGCCUGGGUGGAAGAUGCAGUUCUGAUUUCAGAAGCAGAGGGAGCUCCAAGAUCAGGCUUGAAUUACCCUUCCCUGGAGCAUGGUCUCCCAGCCCCCUCUUUGUUUUGAUCAGGGAAUUUCGGACAUGCACACUUGGGUAGGGAAUCUUAUGCACGGAACCAGGACCGGGAGCUCGGCCGGAGGUUCCUGCAGAGGGAGCGACAAGGCCGACCUGACGCCUCUGGGAGCCACAGCAGCAUGACCGCUGGCAGGGGAGAGAGGACUGACUCACUUGCUCCCAUCAGCUUCUGAAGGGAAGUGACACUGAACCCCAGGUGACCACUCACCACCAAAGCAGGUGCCUUUCACCACUUCAGCUCCAAAGUCCAGAGAAGCAGAGAGGCAGGACUGGUGACAUGGGCAAAUCACCAGCAAUGUGGUGCAUGAUCCUAUGUUCUCUGUGGGCCUGGGCUUAUGCAGAGCCUACCCUCCAUGGGGAGAUCCUGUCCCCUAACUACCCUCAGGCAUACCCCAACGAGAUAAAGCAAACUUGGGAUAUUGAGGUUCCGGAAGGGUUUGGAAUCCACCUGUACUUCACCCAUCUGGACAUAGAGCUGUCGGAGAACUGCUUGUACGACGCAGUGCAGAUAGUGUCAGGAGGCAUUGAAGAAGGGAAACUCUGUGGACGGAGGACCAGCAAGAAUCCCAACUCCCCCAUCAUAGAAGAAUUCCACAUUCCGAACAAUAAACUCCAGGUCACCUUUACAUCAGAUUUCUCUAACGAAGAGCGUUAUACUGGAUUUGCUGCUUAUUAUGUUGCCAUUGAUGUAAACGAGUGCACAGAUUUUGCAGAUGUCCCUUGUAGUCACUUCUGCAACAACUUCAUUGGCGGUUACUUCUGCUCCUGUCCCCCGGAAUACUUUCUCCAUGAUGAUAUGAGGAAUUGUGGAGUCAAUUGCAGUGGGGAUGUAUUCACUACACUGACUGGGGAGAUUACCAGUCCCAAUUAUCCCAGUCCAUACCCGGAGAACUCAAGGUGUGAAUACCAGAUUCUGUUGGAGGAGGGGUUCCAGGUGGUGGUGACUGUGAAGAGAGAAGAUUUUGAUGUGGAACCAGCUGACUCAGAGGGGAACUGCCUUGACAGCUUAGAUUUUGUUACAAGCAAUCAACGGUUUGGUCCUUACUGUGGUAAUGGUGGAUUCCCUGGGCCACUUACUAUAGAAACCAAGAGUAAUACUGUUGAUAUCAUCUUUCAAACUGACCUAUCAGGGCAAAACAAAGGCUGGAAACUUCGUUACCAUGGAGCUCCAAUCCCCUGCCCUAAAGAAGUCUCUGCAAAUUCAAUUUGGGAGCCUGAAAAGGCAACAUAUGUGUUUAAAGAUACGGUGAACAUAAUCUGUUUGGAAGGAUUCGAAAUUGUAGAGGGAAGCACUGCCUUAACGUCUUUGUAUUCUACUUGUCUGAGCAAUGGAAAGUGGAGUAUUUCUACAGUGACAUGCCAACCUGUGGACUGUGGCGCUCCUGAACCAAUUCGAAAUGGCAACGUUGAAGAACCAGCAGAUACUUUAUUUGGUUCUGUUGUUGGCUACACUUGUGAGGAACCAUAUUACUACAUGGAACAUGAAGGAAGUGCUGAGUAUCAGUGCUCUGGUAACGGGAGCUGGGUGAACAAGGUGCUGGGUACAGAGCUGCCGAAAUGUGUUCCAGUCUGUGGAGUCCCCAGCGAGCCCUUUACAAUGUCACAGAGGAUAUUUGGAGGCUACCCUACAAACAUUGAGAGUUUCCCCUGGCAAGUCUUCUUCCAUUCUGAAAGGGCUGGUGGGGCCCUCAUUGACGAGUACUGGGUACUGACAGCAGCCCACGUCGUGGAAAGAAACUACCACCCAACAAUGUACACUGGGUUGACCGUGGUGAGGAGCAAAGACCUGAGCAAGGCCCAUAUGCUCACUGCCGAGCGUGUGUUUAUUCACCCUGAUUGGCAGCAGGUGGCUGACCCAAGCACACGAACCAAUUUUGACAAUGACAUUGCGCUGGUGCGGCUGAAAGACCCAGUGAAGAUGGGGCGGACUGUGUCUCCCAUCUGCCUGCCAGGCACCUCUCCCAAAUACAGCUUCUCAGUGGGGGACCUGGGCAUGAUCUCGGGCUGGGGUAAGACAGAGGAAAAAGAUUGGGUUUUGCGACUCAGAGGAGCCAUACUACCUGUAACUAAUUUAGAGAUGUGCCAGACGGUAAGAGUGAAAAAUCCCAAAAUGGACCCCAAGUCAUACGUUUUCACUCAGAACAUGUUCUGUGCUGGAGGAGCGGGUGUGGACAGCUGUCAGGGAGACAGUGGAGGGGCUUUUGCUAUCAAGAGGCUCACUGAAGGGAAUUCCAAAUUCUACAUCUUUGGCCUGGUGUCCUGGGGAAUCGAGUGUGGGACCUAUGGGAUCUACACCAAGGUACAGAACUAUGUCGACUGGAUAAGAACGACCAUGCAGAACAAUAACACCCCCCUCCAGGACUGACCACACUUGUCCUCUCCACGGGUGUGGCCAGGCCACUGUGCCCAGGUCCUUGUCACCAUCCCAUUAUUUCACCAUGACAGAGGAGACGUGGGAUCAUGAUUAAACAGACACAGUUGUCAGGAUGCCUGGCUGGAGGUCAUGUUUGGCCACAGAAUUGUUAGUGAUUCAGGUGUGGUCUGCAGACAGGCUGGGAGGGGCACUCCUGUCUCCUGCUAUUCUCCAGCAGUACCUUAAGUUUUUGUUUCUUCUUUACUUGUCUGAAAUUCUGUUUGCUUUCUCAUUCUCAGUGCCCAUUAUCUACUUCCAAUAAAGCAUGUUAUAAUUCA